GGCCGCCGCCCGCGGCCCGUCACGAAAAUCUACGACGUUUGUUGUGAACUAUCUGUGGCGAAUCUUGCAGUGGUGCGUGUGAAUAGCUUCAAAAAUGGGAAGGAAACCAAAUUGGACUCAUGACGAGAACAAAGUUCUAUGUAGUUUUGUGAAGGACAAUCGAGAAAAAACUAUUCAGAAGGGCUGGACAUUGCUUAGUGAAGGUGAAGGGCAGGCACCGACUAAUCAUCCCAUCUUUGAGGUAGUGCUGGAAGCACAGGCACCCGAGGCACAAUCAGGCAUCAUGGGCCAAGAAGUGGAAGCUGGAUUCAGCCAGUUAACAGCGAGCUCCAGUAAUGAAGAUGAAGUGGCUGAAUCCAUGUUCCAGGGCAUGGCUGCUAGUAGUACAAACCCUCUCUAA